AACUGCAGAAUUCUUAUAAGAGAUUCAUUAUGAAAGAUGUUUAGGCGACUCAAGGGCUCUAUUUCUAUUUCACCUUAGUAUUACUUCGACGGGUCAAAUACCUUCAAGCUGCUCGCGAUCCCAUUCAUCCAACCCAUUGUUACAAGACGAGCCGGAGGGUAUAUAAUAUCCUUAGUUUAUGGAAGAUUAUCACAUCUUAACCACUCUAUCAGGCCACAUUUAUUUCUACACAUGCCGAUAAAUGUUUAUGAAAGGCUUGGCGCUAAAUGCCAUGGAUCUCUUGUCACUUGUCUAACCCUAAAUGAGCUAGGUCAAGAAUCCGAAACGUCUUACAUGCAACAUAAAUCCAUACAUCCACUUUUGCCAUCUUACCCUCAGAACACAUAAUAAUGGCGCAGUACUAUUCUGAUGUGCUCGAUACUGAGUCCUUUCGCCUAGCGAGUAUCUCGCCAGGUAUUCAUCCGGACACAAACUGUCAAGUACCAAGUAUUACCCUCACGACACAUGUUCUGUCCAGCGCUUCGGACCUCGCUUACAAUGCACUGUCUUACACUUGGGGCUCACCGCGAGAUGGCCCCUCAGACACCAACGACGCAACAAAUCCUUCUAUCCUGCUGAAUGGGCAGCCCUUUGAAGUUCAAUCAAACCUUUACGAUGCCCUUCUCGAAUUGCAGGUUUCAUGCUCUGAAACUCCCAUCUGGAUAGACGCGCUAUGCAUCAACCAAUCCAACCCCAACGAGCGAUCUCCGCAAGUAUCCGUAAUGAAUCAAAUCUACGGGAAAGCAAACCGCGUUAUCGUCUGGCUUGGAAAAUCCUUUCCCGAGUUAGAGACCGGCCUCAGAGCAGCUGAAAGAAUCGGUACUGAAUCAGUUCCCGAAACUCUUCGUAUGAUAGGAACGCAAACGUGGGAUUUCAGCUCUGACUUAUCGACCAUGCCUGAACGCUAUGGUAUGGAACCUGUUGAUCAGGAAGAAGCUAUCGGUUUGGUCACACUUUACAUGAGUAACUGGCUCACCCGGAUCUGGAUCAUCCAAGAAGUUUCCCUCACCAGCGACGUUGUGAUCUUGUCUAACGGCAGAUUCACAGCCUUCGAUUGCGUGGGUUACACGGCGGCGUUUCUGCAUUACAGCGGGUUCUUCCAGUCUGUCAUCAAUCUUGUUCCUAGGGACAGGCCUGGCAUUUAUCUCCGUGGCGGCAUUAAUAUCUUUCAGGCUGAGAGGAUCCAACUGCUUCGCGAGUGGUGCAAGGGAGAAAAGAGUCUCUGGGCUGGUGUCCUUGCUAUGAUCGAUUUUGAAGCUGGCCUUGGAAAGGAUCAUGCAAAGUCAUCAGCGAUGUUACUUCUGCGUCUUUUAUUCUCCACCUUUGGAAUGCGAGCAACGGAUCCUCGCGAUUGCAUCUACGGCUUGGGUGGCAUCUUGAAGCAUAUGGCAGCUCAGGAAGGGCUUUGUUUGCCGCUGGAGUUCGAACCAGAUUAUGAUAUCGACAUCAAAGAUCUUUUGCGAAGUGUCGCCUGCAACAUCAUCGAGACGACUGAUUCAUUGGUUUACCUAAGUCUCGUCAAAGACCCCAGCAUGCGAGAAACUCCCGGCCUUCCAUCCUGGGUCCCGGACUUUCCACCAGUUCUCUGCAACAGUGUCCAUGGACCACAAUUCAGGUCCAUGGGAACUGUCAACUCUUCGAAGCAUGUUCCCCACGCCCCCAAUCAAUAUCCGUUCGCUAUCACUGGAAAUGUUCUUGAUGUUUAUGGCUUUCGCCUCGGCACGAUUGAAAAGAUUGGCGAAAGGUAUCUUGAAAGCCUUCAAGGACGUCUCAGCAUGCUAGGCGAUAUCCUCCUUAGUAUGGAUGAAAUUUAUCCCUAUACGAAGCAACCAGCGGACGAGGUUCUGUGGAGAACUUUGAUCUGGGACACUGACUUCACAAACCGGCCGUCGAAGAUGAUCCGACUGGAGGACUUUCAGAGGGCCCUUUUGCAAGCGUUCGUACGUGCAUUACAGAUUGGGUUUGUGGAGGCAAAUUCAGCCGCUGCCGGCCAGGCUCUGGUCCUUGAAGCAAUCCGUGGUAUGGCUUACCUGGACGACAUAGCCACCAAAUUCCCAUCCAGCAUAUUCCCCAGCACAAAACUCAUCAAGGCCUUCUGUGUCAGUUUGGAUCUUGUAAACCAAGAGAGUGAUGGAUUUGAUCAAGAAGAGCUUCAAAGACUGAGGAAACCGCAGUCAAAGCAUGCUAUGCCACCUGGGAAUAUAAUGGCGUCAACAUGGAUCAACCACAGACCCGUCCUCACUGAUACGGGGUACUUGGGCAUGGGAUUUGAUGCAGCUCAAGUUGGGGAUGAGGUUUGGAUCAUCUCUGGAUGUCCUACCCCGUUGGUUAUUAGAAAGUUAGGAGAGAGAGAUGAGUAUUGUCUUAUUGGAGAGACAUAUGUACAUGGUGCUAUGCAGGGAGAGGCUGUCACUGAUGAGGUUGCUUGGGAGAGGAUCAAGAUAGUCUGAAUCAUUGAUAGAAACAUAGAGAGUGAAAAGGAUAGUAUAUUUCAUUCUGGGC